AUGCGAAAGAUGCAGAAUACCCCGCACUUCGGCAGGAAAACGUCCCUGAAAAAGAACAACAUCAAGGUGGAUGUGGAUGCCUUGGUGGAUGAGGUUCUAUGGCGCAUAGCUCUUCAGGUCCCUGGGAGCGUUGCUCAUGGGUCGCCAACGCAGCAAACGAGGAGCGAGAGUAAAGGUAAUGUCCCAUGCCUCACAACAGCUGCAGGCGAAAGGACACGCACGUCGUUUUCAGGGCUUCCGCAGUUUGAGUACUGUAGCAGCACGGAGGAUCGCUCACUUCUCACCUAUAGGUACCUAAAGGCGAAUAACUUUAAUUUGGAGGAUACCGUGGCAAUGAUUGUUGAUGCAAACAAAUUCCGAAAGCAGCACAGGUUGGAUUCCAUCAUGAUAUUUCCCUCCCUCAUUCCUUUACGCGGCUUCAACGAGAAGGAAAUAUGCACUGCGUUGCAGCUCCCGAUGGCAACACAAAUUCCAAGAGAUCCGUGCAGCUCUCAAAUCACUUUCGUGAGAGAUAUUCAGGUGGAGUAUCUGAAUAAUCAUUCCAUUCUUAAGCCAAUCUUGAGUUUAAUUAAUCGACACUAUCCGAAUAGCAUCCAUUACUGGGAUAAGGACGGUCAUCCAGUCAUGUAUGGUAGGUUAGGGCAUAUCAACUUUAAGGAACUCUUUCGUGAGUUAGGGCGCAUCUCUCCUCUUCAUCAACGCCCAGAAGACCUCAUUGUGCUCUUCCAUAUAUACGGUAACGAACUUCUCUGGAAGGUGUUGCAAUACUGCGGCUUCAAAAGCAGGCCUCCGGGGAAAACGACAAAGAUUGAAUGGGAUAAAUGGAAUCAGACAAUGACUGUGGUUAUGGAUUUAAAAGGAGCGCAUAUCUUUGAUUUUCUUCGUGGUCCGUUUCGCAAAACCAUUCGUGGGCUGCUCAAUUUGGAUCAACGUUAUUACCCAGAAAUUCUGCAUAAAUUGGUGCUGGUGAACUGUCCCAAGAGCGUUGCCUUUGCUCGUUGGUUUUCAAAAUUCCUUAUCUCUGGUAAGCGCGGUCUUUGGCAAAAGGUUAUGUGCGUUAGUGAGGAAAAUACCGCUUCCGUAUUAAAGACGCUGAUCGAUGAGGACAAGAUACCUUACUUCUUGGGUGGGAAGUGUAAAUGCAAGGAGGGGUGUGUGCCUUUGAACAAAAUUUUUGGCAAUGGCAGCUUGAACUUCUUUUGUAGUUCGAAUGAUACACUCCGUGUAUUAUCGAAGACUGGGAGCGAAGGACGGUUUGGGGAGUCAUUUUUUGAGGGUCCUAAUGCUGGAUCUUGCAGAUUGGGCUUUCCAACACCGAAGGAAACCGAAAACGUGGUUGUGAUGUCCCGCCGAAAACUCACUCUCACGUAUGAAAUAAGGGCUUUUGAGGACGUCACGUGGGAGUUUGCGGUGAAGCGUGGCAAAAUUGGGUUUCGUGCCGUCUUCGUGGCGUGCUCCGCGGAUGGCCACACGCAAGUUUUAAUGCCACUCACGACUGUGGCGGAGGCAGCGGACCACUUCUUUCCCAGCACAGCAGGAGAGCUUAUAUUGACGUGGGACAACACACAAUCUUUUUUUACUGCGCGAAAACUUCAACUACGAGUGCACUCUCGAGCUCAAGGAGUAAACACACAAACCUCGGUGAAUGUGCCUGGAUAA